AAAUUUUGCUUGAUAAGGAGGAAAAUAAAAAUUAGGGCUUUCUUCAACCUCUUCCUUAUAGACGCCAGCCACGACUAUCGUUCUGCAAUUCUCUCUCUAUCUCUCGAGGUAUCUUUUGUUCUUUGUGGUAGGAAGCAAAGCAAAGCAAAAAUGGUGAAAGGUCCAGGUCUCUACACCGACAUCGGCAAAAAAGUCAGAGAUCUUCUGUACAAGGACCGCAACAGCGACCACAAAUUGAGUAUCACCACUCACUCUCCAGCUGGUGUUGCCAUCACUUCAACUGGAACUAAGAAAGGUGACCUACUGUUAGGAGACGUCACUUUUCAAUUGAAGCAAAAGAACAUCACUACUGACUUGAGAGUUUGCACUGACAAUACCGUUUUGAUCACUGCUACGGUUGAUGAGGCUGCACCUGGGCUCAAGUCCAUCUUCAGCUUCAGGGCCCCUGACCAAAACUCCGGCAAGAUUGAGCUUCAGUACUUGCAUGACUACGCUGGUAUCAGCACGAGCAUGGGAUUGACUCAGAACCCCACUGUCAACUUCUCUGGUGUUAUUGGAACCAAUGUGUUAGCUGCUGGUACUGAUGUUUCCUUCGACACCAAAUCCGGCAAUUUCACCAAGAUCAAUGCUGGUGUUAACUUCACCAAGGAUGAUUUAAUUGCCUCCCUUACCCUGAAUGACAAAGGAGAUUCUGUCAACGCUUCAUACUAUCAUAUUGUUAACCCGCUGUUCAACACUGCGGUUGGAGCAGAAGUGAGCCACAAGUUCUCUAGCAAGACCAACACCAUAACCGUGGGAACGCAGCAUUCACUUGACCCCUUGACCACGGUGAAGGCACGUGUGAACAGUGCCGGGAUUGCCAAUGCACUCAUUCAGCACCAGUGGACACCCGGGUCCUUCUUCACAAUCUCUGGAGAAGUUGACACCAAGGCUAUUGACAAGAAUGCGAAGGUUGGAUUGGCCCUCUCUCUCAAGCCUUGAAUAUGAGCCAAGCAAAGAAUAGUUUUUUUUUUUUCCGACUUUGGUUCUGUUUUCCUCUGCUUGGUUUGUUGGUUUUAAUGGCUACUGCUAAAAACUUUCCCCCAUUUUCUUGUCGGAUUUGUAGAGAAUAAAACGGCUGAAAAAGGUCGUCUGUCUUGUUGACACGAUGAAACAUUAAAAUCCUUUUGAGUUCUGUUUCUACUUAUAUGCUAUGCACUUUGUUC